CGUAUGUGCUCAGCUUCCUGGUGCGGCGUCUAAAGCCAUCCAGCUGGCAGGGAACCAUGGAGAGGCUGCGGGUCCAAGGGGCCGCGGGGGCUAUAGAUGACUACCUGGAGUAUAGAAGAAUUGUUGGGGAUGAUGAUGGAGGGAAGCUUUUUAGUCCAGAAGAAUACGAGGAAUACAAGAAAACGAUAUUACCGAUACGACUACAGAACAGAUUAUAUACAAGCUGGAGAUCUCCAACUGCUAUGGACUGUAAGCUUGUGGGACCCGAGACUCCGUGCUUUUGUACUCACAGGUAUAAACAGCACAAAACAGAUUUUAAGCAGCUCCCGGAGGAACGACCGAUUUGGUUGCCCUGUAAAGUGAGCCGUUGCCAAUGCAAGUCAUUCCAUUAUAUCCCUCUCAAUGGCUCCAGACCCGUUCGCUGUAGAUGCAAGCACUUUCCAGAUGAGCACAGCGUGGCUGGUGACUAUCGCUGCACCAAAUGCUCGCAGUGCGCUGGGUUUCACAGUUCCUUCACCUGUGGAUGUGGUCAGCCAGCUUACGCUCACGACACUGUUGUAGAGACAAAGGAGGAACGUCUUGCUCAAGCGAAACCGGUUGGCCGUGAUGCGCCGUAUGCUGCCAUGGGAGGGCUGACUGGCUUUAGCUCCCUGGCUGAGGGGUACAUGAGAUUAGAUGAAAGUGGCAUCGGGGCUCCAAGUGAUCGGUUUUUCGAGUCUCCUGAGAGUGGCACGUGUCAUCCAUUCCUCAGAGCGUAUGGUCCCUCUCACACAACCCAUCCUGAUGAAGAAGCAGCUGGCGUGGAUAAACAAGUGGCCAAUUUGAAGAUAUCAGAGAAAGAAGACAUGGCUGUCUUUGAAAGGCGUCAUCAGGAGAGGUUACAGAAAGAAAAGCAAGAGAAGAGGCAGAAGAAUACAAAACCUUCCGAAAAUCAGCCUAGAUGAAGCUUACCAGUUGAAGAACGCUACAAUCACUUGA